AGGAAUUCUGGGAGUUGGAGUCCAAAACACCUGAAGGGAGGGCCGACGUUGGACCAGGCCUACACUAGGCCGAAGCCUUUCCUCACAGUGCCCCCUCAGAGGCCUAGUUGGCACUAGUCGGCCUGCCAACCACACAUCUCCACGGCCAAAAGGCCUCAACAGGUGUGGAUUGGUUUUGUGUUGGGAAACAACAAAUGGGGUCUGUGCUGGAGUCCCAGCCUUCCUCAUCACCAAAGAGGUGGCCCUCCAUUGUCUGAAACUCACCCAUUGAGGUAAAAGGUUUGAAGCCCAGGCAACCCCAUCCUCCAUUGCGCCAUGAGCUCAGGAGCCAGACGCACUGGGGACACUUCUGGUGGCAAACCAGCCCCCCACUCCCAGCCUCCGCAGCCGCCACGGAUCCUCGUUGUGGACGCCCGGCCUCCCCAUUGGGCCCAGAUCCGACCCAAGCUCUCCAAAGCCCUGGAGCACGUCUUCUGCCUGGCCUGCAGCCUGGGGGGCCCUCCUCGCAUCCCCCUCUUCAGCCUCUACGUGGCCCAGAACCGGCACGAGUGCCUCCUGCCCUUUGUGCUGGUGAAAGGAGGUUUUGCCCGUCUCCAGAGCUGCUUUGCGGAGCUGCGUGCCGUGGCGGCCGAGGGGGCUUUCCGUCCUGGGGAGGAUGCCGCCAUGGUGCAGGCCGUACGGGACGGGCUCCAGCAGUUCAAGCAGUACACAGGGCGAGGGAUGGCCGGUGCCCCCCUCAGCAGCUGUGCCAUCGAGAUUACCAUUCUAACCAGCCGACCCAGCACAGAAGUGGCCCGACAGCUGGAAGCUGGCCUCCGGGGCACUGACUUGGUCAAUCUGCGCCAGCUGCAGGUGGUGGAGGUGGCCCCAGGAGGGCUGCAGGAGGAGCCCUGGCCGGGGACUGGAGGAGGAAGUAGUGACCCCAGCGAGAGCCCCUUGGAAGAGGAAGCCACUACCCCCCUCCUGGGCCCAGAGGUGGACCUCCAUGUGGUGGAGAACGAGGUGGUGGCGCUGGAGGGCGUCUUCAAGGCCUGGCUCCAAGGCCACGGCACUGACCAGGAGAAUCUCCACCUCCUCCUGCCCACAGUACCCCUUGGCCACACUGCCGGCCCACGGGGCAGCCUAGCAUGUCUGAAGUGUGACAUCCAGGAGCGGCUCCUCAGCCCGGCUCUGCUUCCACCGCUGGGCCCAGGAGAAGACAAGGCCAAAGGCAGCAAUGCCACUGCCAGCUGCUUCUGGAUGGCCCCCAGACCAGACCUGGCUCCGCGACGACUCAGGGUCCUCAGGGCAUUGAGAGCGGAGGGUCUGUGUGCCUCCGUCCUCUUCGGACUCCCUCUGGUCAUCCGGCCUACAAGUUGCUGGAAGCUAAACUGGGACGAACUGGAGGCCAACCAGCACCGCUUCCAGGCCCUCUGCUGUGGCUUGCGGAGCAGAGAAUGGCUUCUUCUGGCCCAGUACGAACCGCAGGAGGGUCCCGUCCCACGCAGGGAGCCCCCUGCCACUGCCCCCGUGGCCUCCCUCUGGGUCCUGCUGCCUGCGGCCUCCUGCUCCUCCCUCCUCCUGCGCUCCGUGGCCCCCAGAGAGCUCCUCCUGCCAGGCUCCUUCCAUGCUCCCCCGGCGGAGCCCCCAGACCCAGCACUCAGAGACAUGGAGAGCAUCCUGGAGGGCCUCGACGUGGAGCCGGCCUUCGACCCCCUGAGCCUUGAGACCCACCUGUACCAGGCACUGCGGGCCCACCUGGCCCAACCUCUGGCCCCCCGCCCGGCCCAACCUCUGGCCCCCCGUCCAGCUCCGCGCCCCGCUGAGCGGCACCUGCCCCGCCAGCAAGCCGGCCAGAGGCACCCCAACAAGGCCCGAGCCACGGUGGCCCCUCUGCACCUGGCCCCGUCCCCCAGCACCAACCGGGCAGCGCUCUCCCUGUUCUCCAGCGAAGAGGAUGAGUUCCCAGAUGCCAUUUGAGAGGAAGAGCGGCCAAGACUGGGAGGGCGGAGGUCCAAAAGUAGGCCCCUGAGCCCCUGGUUGCCUGAAUCCGGCAAGGCGGGGGCAAGGUAUGGGGGGCUUUCUUAGACCCUUGCCCAGUUAAUAGCACUACUGCCACAAGUGCCUCAACACCCGCCCUCCCAAAAAAGAACUUACUCUUUUGGGUUGCUGUGCGUUUUCCUGGCUGUCUGGCCAUGUUCUAGAAGCAUUCUCUCCUGACGUUUCGCCCACAUCUAUGGCAGGCAUCCUCAGAGGUUGUGAGGUCUGUUGGAAACUAGGCCAGUGGGAUUUAUAGAUCUGUGGAAUAAUGUCCAUGGUGGGAGAAAGAACUCUUGUCUGCUGGAGGCAAGUGUUAAUGUAGCAAUUGGCCACGUUGAUUAGCAUUUAAUGGCCUUACAGAUUCAGAUUCAAGGACUAGCUGCUUCCUGCCUGGAGGAAUCCUUUGUUGGGAGGUGUUAGCUGGCCCUGAUUGUUUCCUGUUUGGAAUUCCCCUGUUUUCUGAGUGUUGUUCUUUAUUUACUGUCCUGAUUUUAGAGGGUUUUUUUAAUACUGGGAGCCAGAUUGUGUUUAUUUUCAUGGUUCCUUCCUUUCUGCUGAAACUGGAUUCCCCCAGACAGUAAGCAGCCAGUCCUUGAAGCUACGAGGCCAUUAAAUGCGAAUCAACAUGGCCAAUUGCUACAUUAACACUUGCCUCCAACAAACAAGAGUUCUUUCUCCCAUCCUGGACAUCAUUCCACAGAUCUAUAAACCCCACUUGCCUAGUUUCCAACAGACCUCACAACCUCUGAGGAUGCCUGCCAUAGAUGCGGGCGAAACAUCAUAUAAUAAUAAAUAAUAAAACUUUAUUUUUAUUCCGCCCUAUCUCCCCGAGGGGGACUCAGGGCGGAUUCCAACAUAAAAUGGCAAACAUUCAGUGUCUCCAUAAACAAACAAAUACUGACAUAAAAACCCCACAUAUAAAAAUAACAUUAAAAAAUCUGAUUUAUAGUGUAUUGUACAAUUUUUAUGUGUGUGUUUUAUUGUAAGCCGCCCUGAGUCCCCUGUUGGGUGAGAAGGGCAGGAUAUAAAUGUUGUAAUAAAUAAUAAAUAAAAAUAAACCUCGCCUCAAUUUAAAGUCUAACAUCAAUAAAUUAAACCCAACAUAAAUAAAUUGAACUACGUGUAGUCCAACAAAAUUAUAUAAAAAUUAUCUAAAAAUCCAAACAUCAGGAGAGAAUGCUACUGGAACAUGGCCAGACAGCCCUGAAAACUCGCAGCAACCUGGGUGGAGUGCGGGGAGGACUUUGGGGGGCUAUUCCCAGUCUCACCCCCAUACAGCCCCUCCCUCUACAACGUCUUUGCAGCAGCAUCCAAAGGCUGUCAUUGCCCCCCCCCCACUUCUCCCACACGGCUGUUGCAAGAUCUCAAAGAGGAAGCAGCCCUCCCUCCCACCAGCCCCACUUCCUCUUCAGCUGACAUGAGGAAGGAAGUGCUGAAGAUGGCAAGGACUGGGAGGGAGGCAUUUGCAGAGAGGGAGGGGGUUGCAGCCAGUUCUCGCCCGUCUCAAGAAGGAAGGGGCCUUUGCACUCCAAACACAAGCAUCAUUGCCCUGGCACAAUCAGCAUCAGAUGGUAGCUCAAGCAUGGGCAAACUUCGACCGUCCGGGUGUUUUGGACUUCAACUCCCACAAUUCCUAACAGCCGGCAGGCUGUUAGGAAUUGUGGGAGUUGCAAGUCCAAAACACCCGGAGGGCCGAAGUUUGACCAUGCCUCUGGUAGAUGGUAAUAUCAAUCUAUUUGCUCCCAAGGAACUGGGAAACCGAUGCUUCUGUUGGAUGUUUCAUGCUUUGUAUUAUAUCUGAUAUAACAGAUUGCAUUUUUAAUUUAACUUUAGUUGUUAAGUAAAAAAAUUUAUUUUAUGUUGGGUUGUCAAUUUUCGUUAUUAUGUGACUGUAUUGUGGUUACUUUCGGCCGCUGAAUGUUUGCCUAUUAUGUUUGGAAUCAGCCCUGGAGUCCCUCUGGGGAGACAGGGCAGAAUAUAAAUAAAGUAUUAUUAUUAUUAUUAUUACCACCAUCACCACCUUUUAUGUUUGGAAUCCACCCCGUAUUCUCUCUGGGGAGAUAAGCCAGAAUAUAAAUAAAGUAUUAUUAUUAUUAUAUUAUUAUUGACACAACGAUGUUGUAUGACACAGCAAACAAGAUAGACAUGCUGGAUUUCGUUUCACAAAACCACAAGUCGAACACUUCCCAAGUGUCUAGGACUGUGUGAUUAUUAUUAUUAUUAUUAUUAUUAUUAUUAUUACCACCAUCAUCACCUUUUAUGUUUGGAAUCUACCCCGUAUUCUCUCUGGGGAGAUGGGCCAGAAUAUAAAUAAAGUACAGUAGAGUCUCACUUAUCCAACACUUGCUUAUCCAACAUUCUGGAUUAUCCAACGCUUUUUUGUAGUCAAUGUUUUCAAUACAUCGUGAUAUUUUGGUGCCAAGUUCAUAAAUAUAGUAAUUUCUACAUAGCAUUACUGUGUAUUGAACUACUUUUUCUGUCAAAUUUGUGGUAUAACAUGAUGUUUUGGUCCUUAAUUUGUAAAAGCAUAACCUAAUUUGAUGUUUAAUAGACUUUUCCUUAAUUCCUCCUUAUUAUCCAACAUAUUCGCUUAUCCAACGUUCUGCUGGCACGUUUAUGUUGGAUAAGUGAGACUCUACUGUAUUAUUAUUAUUAUUAAUUAUUAUUAUUAUCACCAUCAUCACCUUUUAUGUUUGGAAUCCACCCCGGAUUCCCUCCAGGGAGAUAGGCCAGAAUAUAAAUUAUCAUUAUUAUUAUUAUUAUUAUUAUUAUUAUUAUUAUUAUUAUUAUUAUUAUUAUUAUUAUGACACAGCAAACAAGAUAAGAUAUGCUGGAUUUAAUAUUAUUACCAUCAUCACCUUUUAUGUUUGGAAUCCACCCCGGAUCCCCUCCAGGGAGAUAGGGCAGAAUAUAAAUAAAUAAAUAAAUAAAUAAAUAAUAAUAAUAAUAAUAAUAAUAAUAAUAAUAAUUAUUAUUAUUAUUAUUACUAUCAUUACUUUUUAUGUUUGGACUCCACCCUGGAGUCCCUUCAGGAAAAUAGGGCAGAAUAUAAAUAAAGUAUUAUCAAUAUUAUUAUCAUCAUCAUCAUCAUUAUCAAUGAAAUGGCAAAAACCUUUAAUAGCAAAAUAAAACUCUCUAGAAAAAUAGCUUCGUGAGCCUUCUGUGAAUGCACAGGAAACACAAGGCAGGGGGAUACAAAAGGGGGGGGGAUGGAUAAUGGGGCUCAUAUCUCCCCCAGGUCCUCGUAUACGGCAGAGGCCGGGCGGCUCUUAUCCACCGACUGCUCCUCCUGCCCAGGGAGCCGGGCCCCGCGGAGAGGCUUCCUCACCUGGCUAUAGACCGGUUCGCCUCCGCCACUGUUGUUGCUGUUGUUAUUGUGGUUCCCUUCCUUCUGUUUGCUGGGGCUCCUGUGGCCGCGGGGGGGCUUGGCCACGGGGCAGGGCUUGGGGGCCUUGGCGAGCCGGCCCUUCUGCUGGAAGGCGGGCACGGCGUAGUCCCCGUCGCCGGGCAGGUAGGGCAACUCGUAUCCGGCGGGGCUCUCCAGGCCCUGGGUCCUCCAGGCCUCGCAGGGCAGCCGGGCCUCGUCGUAGAUGGCCGUGGCCGUGCUGGGGGCGGGGAGCGGCUGGGGCCCCCGCCCCUCAGGUUCGUCGUAGAUGUGGCCCUUGCGGCCCACCUGCUCGUAGAAGCGCCCCUCGGGGCUCGGGGGCCGGCCGGCGUCCUGGGCCCGGCUGUCCACGGGGUCAGCGUACAGGGGGUCCGGCCCGGGGAGGGAGCCCCUCACUGUGUCCAGGGGCUCCGAGUAGACGCUGGCGGCGGAGGACUCUUCCUGGGAGGGCGGCAGCCUGGGGAGCGGGCAACGGGCCGCAGAAUCCCGCAAGGCAUGUCCCUUAGGGGCGGCCCUGGGCCCCUCGCCGCCCUUCUCUGUGGCAACAGAGGCAGAACUGGUCACAGAGGCAGUGGCCACCAAGGCACUCCGUGGGAGCCCCCCCUCCCUCCGCUGGCCCUCCCCGUCCAGGCUCAGAGAGGAGGCCAGUGCGGAGUGGAGGUGGCCCAGUGCCGAGGGACCCUCAACCGAGGCCGAGUCCAUGGAGGCCGCGCUGCGCCGGUUCUCCUCCGCCUGGGCCUUCUGCGACUGGAUGGCGGCUUCCACCAGCCGGAAGAUCUCGUUGCCCUGAGCCGUCUCGAAGGUGAAGUUGCCGGGCCCCGACUCACAGCGCCGGCCCGCCUCGAAGGAGAACAUCACCUGCGCAGAAGGAAGGAGACACAUAAUUCUGUUGUGGUGAGGCCUCUUUACCUGGAAUAUUUAUUUAGAUUUACUGUAUUUAUAUACCGCUUUUCUCACCUCUGGGGAGACUCAAAGCAAUUUGCAAUAUAAAAGGGGCCAAAUUAAAUGCCAUACAUAUGUGUGAAACCAAAUCCUAUAUCUAAAACAGUAAACAUACAACUAUAGUAACUUUAAGUAACUUUAUUUUUCUAUCCCGCCACCAUCUCCUGACAGGGACUCGGAGCGGCUAACACCGGACAAAAGCCCAAAAACAAAACAAAUACAACAAUUAAGACAUAUUACAAUAAAUAAAACACAAUAAAAUCAACAUUACAAAAAUAAUACAUUAUAUAAAUCAUAGAAACUCAUUAAAAGCAUAAAAUGAGAAAACCAAAUUACAGUGACAUGAACCACCAGGUAAAUGGAAGGAGACGGUGUGGCGGGGACGUUUGAACUAAAGUGCGGUAGUAUAGUUAUAAAGUGCUUUGUGGCAAACGACAAGAUGGAAACAUUUCCUAACCGUUUGAUAGGGAUGGCUGUCCGGUUAAUUAUAGAGAAGGGAACAGUGUGUGAGAAAUGUAUUAAUUUAAUUUUGGACAUGGGGACUAAAUUAUUCAAAUGCACAGCAAAAAAAAAAUCAAGUUUUUAAUUGCUUUUUAAAAGUUGCAAGGGUUGCAUUAAAUCAAUAAGACUAUUAAACAUGAGAGAAGAACACUGUUAAAAAGAAUUAAAACACUGAAUCGUAGACCAGGGCCAUUCCAAUUGUCAAUUGCAUGUACAGUAGAGUCUCACUUAUCCAACGUAAACGGGCCGGCAGAAUGUUGGAUAAGCGAAUUUGUUGGUUAAUAAGGAGAGAUUAAGGAAAAGCCUAUUAAACAUCAAAUUAGGUUAUGAUUUUACAAAUUAAGCACCAAAACAUCAUGUUAUACAAUAAAUUUGACAGAAAAAGUAGUUCAAUACACAGUAAUGUUAUGUUGUAAUUACUGUAUUUACAAAUUUAGCACCAAAAUAUCACGAUAUAUUGAAAACAUUGGUCACAAAAAUGCGUUGGAUAAUCCAGAACGUUGGAUAAGCGAGUGUUGGAUAAGUGAGACUCUACUGUAUUCCUAUGUCUUGCAUUGCAUUACUUUACUAACCAAAAGCUUGGUCCACGGCCAUGUCUUUGUCUUCUUUCUGAAGUCUAGGAGGGAGUUCCAGAGCCAAGGAGCCACCACUGAGAAGGCCCUGUCUCUCGUCCCCACCAGCCGCACUUGCGAGGAAAGGUGGGACCGAAUGCUAGGCCUCCCCAGGAGAUCUUAACCUCCUUGAUGGUUCAGAGAGGAAGAUACGUUCAGACAGGUAAUCUGGGCUGGAACCAUUUAGGGCUUUAUAGGCUAAAGCCAGCACUUUGAAUUGUGCUCGGUAGCGGACUGGCAGUCAGUGGAGCUGACACAACAUUUGUAUGCUCCCUGUACGCCGCUCCGGUGCAAAAUCUUGCUGCCACCCAUUGGACCCUUUGAAGCUUCCAAACAGUCUUCAAAGGCAACCCCACAUAGAGCACAUUGCAGUAGUCUAUUCAAGAUGUAACAAGAGCGUGGCCCACAAGUCUGGCUUCUCAAGGUACAGGAGCAACUGAAUAAUAAUAACCCUGUGUCCAGUUCUGUGCAAAGCAAUUCAAAGAGGAGCUGGACAAGGUGGAAGGUGUCCAAAGAAGGGCCACCAAAAAUGGUCAGAGGUCUGGAAGCAAAGCCUUAUGAAGGACAGCUUAGAGAAGUCUGGCAGCAAAGCCGGGCUGUGACGCAGGCUGGUUAGCAGCUAGCUGCAACAAAUCACUCUGACCAAGAUGUCAUGAGUUUGAGGCCAGCCCGUGCCUGCGUCUGUCUCUGUUCUAUAUUAUGGCAUUGAAUGUUUGCCUUAUAUGUGUGCAAUGUGAUCUGCCCUGAGUCCCCUUCGGGGUGAGAAAGAAGGGCGGAAUAUAAAUACUGUAAAUAAAGCUUAGAGAGCUGGCUAUGCUUAGCUUGGAGGAGUUGAAGUUUGAGAGAAGGGGGCGUAUUAUGGAGAGCUUUCUGACAAUAAGAGCUGUUUGGCAAUGGAAUCUGCUCUUUCCUGGGAGUCUGGUAGAGUAUCCUUCCUUAGAGGAGUGCUUUGAUUGUAUUUUCCUUGUGUUUGGAAGAAGAAAAUUGCACUGGGGGGCCCUUGGGGGUCUCUUCCAGCCACCUUUCCCCCUCCAGCCAGCCACCCAAAAAGUGGAAAGAUAUUCUUAUAUUUGCUUUGUCUUAAACCGUGAUCAGAUUGUGUGAUUGUUAGCUGCCUUGAGUCCCAACAGGGAGAAAAGCAAGGUAUGAAGAAAGUUAAAUAAUUACAGUGGUCGUCCAGCCCAGCCCCCUUCUGCCAGGCUGGAAGACAUCAUCCAAGCCUUCCCAGCGGAUGACCAUCCAAACCUCUGUUGAAAAACCUCAAGAGAAGGAGACUCCAGGCUGCAGUGGAUUCAGCUGUCAAAACGUUCUGCCUGCCAUGAAAUUCCUAGUUAACGUUUGGCAUCUAGAGGGGAUACUGGAUAGGAGAUUUCCUUGGGAACCUUUGGGGAGUUGGUUUCCCUUCGCUGUGAUUAGAUCUAAGUUCCAUAAAAGUGUCUUGCACUCUGAACAAUUCGUGGUGUCAACGUAGCGACUUCUGAGAACACAUCACCGUUUCCAGUUUCCUGAUUUCACCAAGCCAAGUCUCCUGUUCCUGGCGGCCAAGCCGAGCCGCGACUCCCGAUUUAAUCCAGAGUAAAUUCACGUCCUUGCCUUGUUCCUGAAUCCAGAUUGCUUUCAGCUUCAUCCUCUGCCUGCCUUGAAAUCCAAGACUUCCUAGUGACUUUGGACCUUGUUAUUCACUCCUGCUUCCUUAGUUUCCCUGCUCAACAGUUUUGAGUGUGUUUCGGUUUCUGGACUUUGGACAAUAAUAUUGGACAUAUCCCUUCAACUCUUUGGACUAAUUCAUACCAUUUCUUAAAGGACUAUUGCUCACUCAUCCUUUCCAUUUAUUCUUUCCUGAAUUUAUUAUUGUUUUAAUAAAGAUAUUAUAUGAUUA